CCUCCUCUUAAUCGUUGACUCCUCUCUUCACGUCUCCAACGUGUCUUCGUCUUUGCUUCUGCUCUGUUCUUCUUUUGCUUUGCUUCUCAUCUUCAUCACACUGAUUCAUCUUUUCUUGUUGCAGAGGCUAUGUUACAACCAGGAGGCACUCCCACCAAGAUUGUCUGUUUGACUCAAGUGGUUACAGCUGAUGACCUUAGAGACGAUGCAGAAUAUGCAGACAUAAUGGAGGACAUGAGCCAAGAAGGUGGUAAAUUCGGUAACUUGGUGAAUGUUGUGAUUCCGAGGCCUAAUCCAGAUCAUGACCCAACACCAGGAGUUGGGAAGGUUUUCUUAGAGUAUGCGGAUGUGGAUGGCUCAUCAAAGGCCAGAUCGGGGAUGAAUGGAAGAAAAUUUGGAGGAAACCAAGUAGUGGCUGUGUAUUACCCCGAAGACAAGUAUGCCCAAGGCGACUACGAAGACUGAGCUAUCUAUCGUCUUCUUCUUAAGCUUUUUUUUGUUUGGUUCUCUUAAAUGUUUC